AUGACCGAGUUUCCACCUGCGGGUGCUGGUGCAACGACAAUCUUUAUUCGCUGUGCGACACUGCACAGCCGUGGCGAGCUCCUCAACGGCUUCUUCUUCGCACACCGCGCCGCACUCGGUAUCCAGGAUUGGUAUGUUUCUGCACCAACGACUGUCAACAGCGGCACCGGAAAUGAGGAAGCACAGCACAGCAGUACUAUGGAAAGUGCCGCUGCCGGCGACCUUCCUCACGCUGCCUCGUCUCCACGGCUGCCGCCGCACUUUCCAGUAGAGGUACUGUAUGUACGCAACUCUCGCAAACCGUACUUUCUUCUCGAAUGGCGCUACCCUACGCCAGAGGAGGAGGAGAAGCGAAAGGAGCCAAACGACAGCGGCGGCGAUGAAAAGGAGGAGGUGGCGAAGGCACACGAAGCGCAAGCCGGCUCUUCGCAGGGCCGCGUCGCCGAGGAGCUGCUGCGGCAGCUCGCAGAGCGCACACUUGCCUUAGGGAAGCAUGAGCUCUGCGAUAAUGGCGUGACGUGGAAGGGACAGCCAGUACUCAUCUGCGUUGCAUCAUCUGGGAUGACUGUGAUGGCGGAGCGGCGAAAGCUGGAGCUGCGUGACUCACAACGGAAGGUGCAGCGCGCCGCAGAGAAGCGAGAGAGAGCGGACGCAGACACAGCAGCACAGACUGCAAGGGCGAAGCAGCAAGACGCUGGUGCCGUUACCGCUGCUUUUAUUCCUCGCUGCGUGCGACGACGAACGUGA